AUGGCCAAUCCAGGUGACUUUGGGGCUGCAUAUCCAGCCAAACAAACCAAUGGCUACCACCGAGACGUUGAUUUCAUCCGUCAAGCGGUCGAUAAAGCCGGCACCAACGCGCUUCGAAUGGCUUUAUACCAGGUCACGGCCGAUCCUGAGCUUGCUUUGAUGCAAAUCACCAAGAAGAAAGUUCGCGGCGGGGUCCUGUUUGAUUACACCAUCUCAGAGGAAGAUGAGGAAACAGUACGACGCAAAGCCGUGGAAUAUCUCAUCGGGGCCCCCAAGCGCGUUCCUCCACCACCAUCGAUAGACGAGGCGCAUAGGCUGAUGAACCUCUUUGCUGGCUCUUGUAUCAAAAGCAACGACAUUCAACCUGGCUACGAAGAGCUUGCUUUCAAUGAAUUUCCCCGCGGGGUCUCUUGGUCAUCUCCUGAUGCUCCGCCGCAAGAUCGAACCAAGUUUCAAGUCCUAGUGAUUGGUGCUGGAUUGAGCGGCAUUGCUACAGCGAUUCAGCUAAAGAAGCUGGGAAUUCCCUACACCGUCCUCGACCGUCAAAGCGGGGUCGGUGGCACCUGGCUCUGGAACGACUAUCCUGACGCCCGGGUCGACACACUUAGCUAUCUAUUCCAAUACAAGUUUGAGAAAAGAUAUCAAUGGAAGGAUUAUUUUGCCGCUCGCCCCGAGACCCAGCAAUAUCUCGAAUACGUUGCACAGAAGCAUGAAAUUCUUGAGGACUUCCAGUUUGACCGCGAAGUAGUCCAGGCUCGCUGGAACGAAUCUUCAGCUACCUGGGGUGUGACUGCCAUUCAUCCGAAGACAGGGGAGACAUCCAAUUAUGUUACCAAUUUCAUCAUCAGCGCUGCCGGCCUCUUCAGCACAGUCAACAAACCUGAUUUCCCUGGUAUUGAUGACUUUAAAGGGCGAAUCUUUCAUACCACUUGCUGGGACCAUACCUUUCCCCUGGAUGGGCUGCGUGCCGCCGUGAUAGGUACUGGCUCAACUGGCACGCAGCUUACACCAGCUGUGGUUCGUGCUUGUAGCCACGUGUCGGUAUUUCAGCGAACGCCUAACUGGAUCGCCUCCUACGAAGGAUAUGAUGAGUCGGUUCCGGAAGUCGUUCAUUGGCUCUGCGACCACAUGCCGUUUUACUGGAACUGGUACUGUUUUGCAGCCUAUUUCCGCAGCUUAGACCUGGCAGGUCUGCAGGUCCGCGAUGCCGAGUUUGAGGCUUCAGGAGGCCGCGUAAAUGAGCGGAACGAGGGUGUACGUGAGACAUUGACGAGUUUCAUUAAAGAGAAGAUGGCGGCUAAGCCAGACUUGAUCUCAAAGCUUGUCCCCGAACAUGCGCCGCUAGUUCGCCGACUGGUGGUUGAUAACGGCUUCUAUAACUGCUUGUUGCAAGACCAUGUUGAUUUGGUCACUGAUUCCAUCGACCGUAUAACUCCCCGCGGUAUCCUCACCAAAGAUGGCGUGGAGCGAGAAUUUGAGGUUAUAGUUCUCGGAUGCGGAUUUAAAACCUCGAAAUAUUUCUUCCCCACCGAGUAUAUUGGCCGUGACGGCAUUCGACUGGAGGAAACCUGGGCCAAGGAUGGAGCCCGGUCAUACUUGGGCAUGGCCAUCCCGGGCUUUCCCAACUUUUUUUCCCUCUACGGCCCAAACCACCAGCCACGUGGAGGAAGCUUAUAUUCGUGGGCAGAGAUUUGGGCGCGGUAUGCAGUCUCGAGCGUCGUCAAGCUGAUCGAGCAGGGAUCCAAUGCAAUGGACGUUAGGGCGGACAUCAAUGAGGCAUAUCAGCUCCGAUUGGAUGAGGAGAAUAGCAAACUGAUCUGGGAGUCUGAGGGAGCUGGCUAUUAUGUUAAUGAACACGGCCGUCAAGGAGUCAACAUGCCUUGGACAACAUCUGUAUAUCACGAGAUGGUGUUGGAGCCGAACAUGAACGAUUACGUCAUCUCUUGA